GACCUUGCUUACCUCCCAUCCAACCGAUUCAUUACUCGAAUAGUUAAUACUCCACUGCUAGUAGUAAUGUGUCAAAUUGCUCCAAGACCAGACCACCGUCAGUCAGUGUGUGCUGUGUGUGUUUUUAUUAGGCUGAGAAUUGAGGUAAAACCGCGUAGGAACACAAUAGCCUGUCUUCUUGUGGCACCAUGUGACUGAUCUGAGACCAUCUGAUCUCAUUCUCAUCUCCUCUUCUUCUUGUAGUUUCGCAUUAAAGUCUUCCCCUUUUCUUCAGUUCAUCAGAGUCAUCACUCCUUUUCACACUCUUGCAACUUCACUAGUCACAACUAUAAAUCCCCACAUUAUUAAUGUUUCUCACCCUUCUCUCUUCCUCCUUUAACUCUCUCCCAUCUCCAUAAAAAUCUUGAUUUUCUGAGGCUUCAAAAUCUUGAGAAGCCUGAUUGGGUUGGAAAGAUCUUUUGGUAAACAGCAGGGCAGGCACAUAGAUUUCAGUACUACUGCUAUACACAUGGCUCCACUACAAGAUUCCAGUCCCAAAAAGGUACUUGUACUUUGUCUUGCCUUGGUUUUUGUGAGUUCAGUAUCCAUUUGUGCCUAUAGUACUGAAGUACAAGCAGAGAAAAAUGAGUUGUUCUUUGGGAGGAGAAGAAUGCUUGAGCUACAAGAUGAAGAUGAGCAGCCAAUUAUCAAGAAGAAAAGCUCUGCAACAACAGCAACUACUACUACUCUGUUGUCCACCAAAGGUAAAAACCAGACCAAAUUAGCCAAGGCUACCACAAGCAGCUCAUCCAAGAACCAAACCAAGCUCAUCAAAACUGGCUCUGUUGCUGCCAAAAACCAGACCAAGCUCCUUGAAUUCCCAUCUGAAUCAACCAAGAAGAGCAACAAGACCAUGCUCAUCAAGCCUGUAUCAGAUUCUUCUACUCUUGGAGAAAAAAAUCCCACCAUCAAAAUCCCAGUCAAGAAGCUCAACUCCACUUCUUCAAAAUCCUCAAAUUCAACCAAAACCAGCACAUUUUUUUCCAAGAAAUCCUCAGAUCUAACCACAACAAGCUCAUCCAAGAAUAAAACAGCUAAAGCCACAACUACUACCUCAAAAGAUUCCAAAACCCUCUUGGAUAAGAAUCUCAGCAAUGAGCCCAAGUCCAAAUCCAAGACCACCACCACUUCAGAUACAGAAAAGCCUUCAGGCACAAAACCCAAGUCAGACAAGUCACCAAAACAAACCUUACCAAGGUGGAUUGAUCAAGAUGAUGAUGAUGACUUGGUUUCUGGAUUCAGAGAUUUACCAUCCAAAUUUCAGGAAACAUUGAUACCAGAUUUGGAGAGGAUAUCCAAAACCUCCAAAGUUUACUUGAACAAAGCCAAUAAAGAAAUCACUAGAGGGUUCAAACCAAUAGUUGGUAACAAAUAUGCGCCAACUAUAGCUUCAUUUACCUCAUUUGCCUUCCUUCUGAUCCCUCUAAUUCUUGUCUCUCUCAUUUUCAACAAAUUCAAAGCCUAUUUUUCUCUUCAAAAAAUUUUAAUUUUCAUCCAAAUUUAUAUGUCCAUAUACUUCUCAAUUUUGUGCCUCUCUUCAUUGGUCACUGGCCUUGAACCGUUGAGGUUUUUCUAUGCCACUUCCCAGUCCACCUAUGUGUGUUUACAGGUGCUUCAAACACUUGGUUAUGUGUUGUACCUGCUGCUGCUUUUGAUGUACUUGAUCUUAGUUUUCUCUACUGAGACUGGGCUGGCUACAAAGCUGUUGGGCUUGGGUCAAACUUUCGUCGGCUUUGCCAUUGGGCUGCAUUAUUACAUGAUGGUGUUUCACAGGGCUGUGCUGCAUCAGCCGCCCAAGACUACUUGGAAGGUCCAUGCAGUUUACGCCACGUGUUUUCUCCUGAUUUGUCUGUUAACUAGGGCUGAUCGGAGGAAGAAAGCUUACUUAGAAGGUGGGGCAGAGGGAAAGUUGAGUUAAUACAUUUUCUUAAUCGUGUCCUAUUGUCUAGAUGAGAACUGUAUUUUGGGUAAUCUGUAAGAAUUCGUAAAAGUGAUCCCGUGGUUCCGAAGUCAUAUCUUGACCUGGAGAUGAUCGGAAUCAAAUUCAGUCGAAUUUUAUAAUUCAACAAAAAAAUACAUUUUCUUAGUUAAA